AUGGGUGAAGCGGCGGCAUCUGGUAAUGGAAAGGCGAUGGCGGCAUAUAUGGCUACAGUGACUGCUGGGAAGGUCCUGCUGGUGCAGCUGAGGAGGAUAACCAGAAGCACUGCUCUCCCAUCCACGAGUCGGGGGACGAUGGUGCUGUGUCGUGAACGUCUUUGUCGACGUCGUGGAAAGCAUACAGGCAGCUUCCUCGUUAACUCAUUAAAUACCCUCUCAAACUCCACAGCUUUUCAUCAACCCAUUCAGAUUCUUCUUCCAUUUCUCCAGAUUCAACCACUUUCUCUCAAAGCUGGCCAACCAUUUCCUUCAAUGGAAUCACCAUUCCCACAAACUCCAAACCCAAACCACUUCCCAUUCCUCGAUCUAACUCUCCUGUUCCACGCUUUCGCCUGUUUCACCACUUUUCUCUCAAGAUAUCGCAGCCCAAAGUCAUCGGAUCGAGGGAAAAAUCUGGGUUUCGACCGUCCGAUCGAGGAGGAAGAAGAUGAAUUGAGGGUUCAUAGAAAAGACGUGGAGAGAUUGAUGGGAAAUCUGGGGAUUUUCUGCAGCAAAGAAGGCGAGGAACUGAGUGAAUCGUUUGGGUUCGAUGAAAUUUCGAGGGUUUUUGAAGACGAGGAGCCGAGUUUGGGCGAAUUGAAGGAUGCUUUCGAUGUUUUUGAUGUGAACAAAGAUGGGUUCAUCGACGCCGAUGAAUUGCAGAGAGUUAUGUGUGUUUUGGGAUUGAGAGAAGGUUCAGGGAUUGGGAAUUGCAAGAACAUGAUCGAGAGAUUUGAUGAAGACGACGAUGGUAGAAUAGGGUUUAAGGAGUUUGUAAAGUUCAUGGAGACCAGUUUUUGCUGAAUCAAUCGAUUCAGUUUCUUUCUUUUUUUUAAUGGAAACUUUUAGAUUAUUUUCA